AUGUCAGUAAUGGAUUUACUUUCAUCUUCCAAAAAAGAUCUUUCAGUAAAACAACUUCUUAUCUUUAACCCAAAUAUCAAAACAAAAGAAGGAGAAGAUGAAAAAAAAUUAUUAUAUUCUUUUAGUAAUCAAACAAGAUAUUCAGAUUUAGCAAACCUUGGAUUGUUUCAAACAUUAAUUGGGUUUUUUUCUCAAUUUUCAAAACCAAUUACAACAGUUACAAUGGCUAAAACAAAAACUUUUUUGUAUUCACCAGAGCCUUCAUUCUGGGUUAGUUACACUGUUUCUUCUGAUACACCAUCACUUGACCAAAGUGGUAUUGAUCUUCUUAAGUUCCUUUGUAAUUCUUUUGUGUUAUUAAAUGGAACAUUUACACAACAAUUUGAAUCUUCAUUUGAUGUGUUUAUCUUUAAAUUAAAAAAGUUUUUUGAUCCUAUUAUGUAUACUGUUUCAAAUGAUAUUUUAGCAUCUCCAGGAAGAUUAACAGGAAUUCAAUAUGCUUCAAUGUCUAAAAAUCAAAUUACACAAUUAAUUAAUUUGAUGAAUGAUGUAGGAACUCAGUUUAAAUGUGUAAAAGAGUAUGCACUAUUCCAAAAUACACAGUUAGUCCAUACUAAUUUUGAUUACUCAAUGCAAAACAAUAUUUUUAAUUUAUUUAAUGUAUUAAGAAAUGGAAGUAUAGAUUUUGGAAAUAAGUUUAAUGGAAUUCGAACUGCAAAUGAUGAAAGAAGAAUUGUUUUUGGAAUUCCUGAAGAACGUUCAAGAAGUAAAAGUAGUUUAGCAGCAACAAGAGAUAUAUUAAAUUGUUCAGUUUUCAUUGAUGGACAAGAAAGAAAAUGGGUUGUUUUUGAACACAAAUUAUUCUUUUUCCACUUCUUUUUGGAUACUACAAAUGAACAGUCUAUAUCAACAUUUCUUUUGUUUUUAAAUAGUGGAUUAACUGAUUUAUUUGAAGGUCUCUGGUCAUCAACAUUUUCUGAUGGACUUCCAAAAGUACCAAAAGAAUUAGUGAAUAGACCAAUUAUGUUUUAUUAUUAUAACAUGUCUACGAGUGUUAAGAAUGGAGGAUUAUCAAUAUUUGAUAAACCAGAAGUAGUAAAGAUGUUAAAUCAUUUAGAGGUUAUUAAAGAAGGAGCAAAAGAAAUAUAUAUUAAAGGAGAUAAUGGAAAAUGGACUGCUUAUAUUUGUGCUGAUAAUAAAUUAUUAGAAAUAAUUAUUACUUUAAAUCCUAAUAGCACAAUAGCAAAUGUUUAUCGUUUGUUUUUAUAUUAUCUUUUCAUUAAUGAUAUUUUUGUAACAUAA